UGGCGCAGAACGGGGAGCACACGGAGAAGAAGAAGCUCAAGUGGUCGCUCUCCAAACAGGACCCGAUGCAGACGGUGGUGGAGGACCAGCUAUUGGCCAGCAAAAGGUCCAAACUGACGAGGCGGCGCUCCUCUGGCAACUUGGGCGACAUUGAGAAGAAACUUGAACAGAUCCGACAGAACGGGCAAAAUCGCCACACCCUUUCACAUGUGGAAGACAAGCUCUGUGAGAUGUUCCGGGCUAGCGACAAGUCGGGAAGAGUCAACGUCACCAAAUUCCUGGAGGCACUGGCACUGGCCGGCCUGCGGCAGACGGACCCGCGUCUGGUCGAAAUGAGACGUGCCAUCGCCAGCAUCCAGGCCAACUGCGCCAGCGACGUACGCUUCUGGGCCUCCGACGGACUCUGCUUCGAUGAGGACGUGUUUAAGGGUGUCAUCAUGGACAAUAUUGACAUCAUCCACAAGGCAUUGACGGGUGAUCUCGUGAUUCCGCACUUCGAGAGUCUCUGCGAGCACCUCGAGGAGCUGUACGAACUCUGCGAGAAGGACGAUAGCGGAAAGGUGGCCUCCUACAUCCCGCAGCUGGAGCGCUUCGACCCGUCGCUCUGGGGCAUCUCGGUGUGCACCGUCGACGGGCAGCGGUACUCCAUCGGUGACGUCAGCGUGCCCUUCACCAUCCAGUCGACCAGCAAGCCCAUCAGCUACGCCAUCGCCUGCGCCGAGAAGGGACCCGAAUACGUGCACAGUUUCGUCGGUCAGGAGCCGAGCGGUCGCAGCUUCAACGAGCUGGUGCUGGACAACAGUCUGAAGCCGCACAACCCCAUGAUCAAUGCUGGCGCUAUCAUGACGUCAUCGCUGAUUAAGCCGACAAUGGCGAUCGCGGACCGGUUCGACUUCGUCUUCCAGACGUACCGCCGACUGACCGGCGGCGAGUACCUGGGCUUCAACAACGCCGUGUACCUGUCGGAGCGGCAGGCCGCCGACAGAAACUUCGCACUGGCCUACUUCAUGCGCGAGAACAAGUGCUUCCCACACGUCCAGGAUCUCGGCGAGACGCUGGACUUCUACUUCCAGAUGUGCUCGCUGGAGGCCACGUGUGAGUCGGCAUCGGUGAUCGCCGGCACCCUAGCCAACGGCGGCAUCUGCCCCAUCACCGGCGAGGCCGUGCUGGAGCCUUCAGCCGUCCGCAACACCCUCUGUCUCAUGCACAGCUGCGGCAUGUACGACUACAGCGGACAGUUCGCCUUCAAGUGUGGCCUGCCGGCCAAGUCAGGCGUGUCGGGCGUGAUCCUGCUGGUGAUCCCGAACGUGAUGGGUCUCGCCCUCUACUCGCCCGCCCUGGACCGCUGCGGAAACUCGGUGCGCGGCGUCAAGCUCUGCAAGGAACUCGUGUACCGCUUCAACUUCCACCACUUCGACAACGUCUCGGCGAGCGGCGAGAAGAUCGAUCCGCGCAAGACAAGCAACGAGAAGCGGGCUGACAUGGUACACCGCCUGCUGUUCGCCGCCGCCGCCGGCGACCUCACCGCCAUCAAGCGCUACAGCCUGAUGGAGAUGCACCUGGAGGCGGCCGACUACGACGGACGGACGGCGCUCCACCUGGCGGCCGCCGAGGGACAUGUUCACAUCGUCAGAUUCCUCCUGCAAAAAUGCAGUGUUCUGGUCGACGCCAAGGACCGCUGGGGCAGCGCUCCGGUCGACGAUGCUCAACUUGCUGGUCAUGAAGAUAUCACCAAGCUGCUGCUGAAGCACUACGUAGAGAGCGGCAUCACCAUCCCCGACUCGUUCCAGCCCGGCGAGGUGAAGCUCAACAACCUUAACAGCAAGAUGAAAGACACCGUCAUCACCGAGAAGCCCAAGAAGCAGGGCACGAAGGAGCGUAACUCGAGCGACGAGAACGCGCCGGUCGUGAAGUAGGUGACGACGGCGGUGGGGAGGUCGGUGAAGUAGGUGACGACGGCAGUGGGGAGGUCGGUGAAGUAGGUGACGACGGCAGUGGGGAGGUCGGUGAAGCAGGUGACGACGGCGGUGGGGAGGUCGGUGAAGAAUGAGCAGGCGAAGAUGAAAAGACCACUAAAGUUGCGGGACGCGAUGCCGAAGAUAUGGCCACAGUUGUGGGAGAUGAUGUCGAAGAGCGCGAUGAAUUAGUGGGGAUAGAGCUCGUCUUGAUAGUGGAGCACGGAUCUUGUGGAGCCUUGCCAGAACCCUGCGUGCUCUGUUGGAAGUAUGGCAACGCCUCACCAUUGGAUGCACCGCUUGCCUUUGAUGACUCUAGGAGAUAUCCACACAACUGUCGGCGAUGCUGUUCACAGGACGCCGAAGGUGUCAUUGUCUGGUGAAUACUUUACAGCGUUUAGACGGCUGCUCCCGGUGGUGGUGGGACAAUAUGGCGGAAACGGCAGACGCAGGUAGCGUCGUUAGGAACACCAGCGGAUACAUGAUGUAGCUGUGCAUGAUACGGAGCUCUGAGGUCACUGAAGGUGCGAGAUGCGUUGAGAGACGUCACGUCAAACGUCAACCAUUGGAAACGUCACGGCUCAACUCCGAUGAACAGGUUCGACGAACAGAAUGAACAGGGCGAAAGAAGACCAUUCAUGCUUAAGAGUGCAUUCCUGACAAAUGAUUCACACCGGCAGAGAAUGCACCAACUUCAGUGGUCGAGUAAUGCACAGGCAUAGUAAAUGAUAGAAUUAUGUGUGUGAUGAAUGCACUUUCAUUUCGAGAGAUAAUUUUAGAAACAGGAUGGCUAACGAAGCCUAUUGCUCAGGGAAACUGUUAACCUAUGGGAGAUAGGUUCUUGGAGACAGCGGUUUUGCAGAAGACUGUCGCGAUAAAUGUGUUACAAGCCAUGAAUGGCAUGCAAUCAUGCACCGAUAGGUGUGAUGUUACCCGGCUUAAUUGCUUUUUCCAGUCGCAUCCGUCCAUAAAAAUUCAGUAACCUGUCCUUAAAUGGGACUGCCUGAAAAAGGAAGCACUUGCAGAAUGUUACAAUCGAUUCGUCAAGCGAGACAACCUUUGCUUCACUACCCAGAGAGAGUGUUCUAAGCAGCCUAUCAUCUUUUGCCUCUGAUUGAGCUACUACCACAUGCACCAAUAUGUGUGAUGUUACGAGGCCUAAUUGCUUUUUCCAGUCGUACCCGUCUCUAAAAAUCCAGUACCUUGUCCUUAAAUGGAAGUGUCUGAAAAAGGAGGCAUUUUCAGAAUGUUACAGUGGAUUCGUCCAGCGAGAUAACCUUUGCUUGACACCAGGAGAGAGUGUUCUAAACAGCCUAUCAUCCUUUGCCUCUGAUUGAGCUAUUACCACUUGUUUUUAAGGAAUAUAACUCUAUCUGAGGAAUUCAGCAGUACCCAGUUUUGUUAUAUCUGGCUAAAGAGGGGCUUUCGAAGUCAGGUGGGCGCUUAUACUUGGGAUCAGAAGGUUGAGGCAGCUAGGGCGACGUGUAGCUUAUGAAAGCAAGCGUUGAAAUGGAAAUCGAUCUCCUAGACUAGAAUAACGUCUACGACGCCUACCGCCUAAGCCCCGCCGUGAGAUGAUUGAAAUAUUUUCAGUAUGGUUAUUCAAAUACACAUUUUCAGUGAGUCUUCAUACUGCUUACGAUAUACACAUACACACACCAUCGGCGCAACGGGGAGUCUUCGUUAGCAGUUUUGUGACACGUACACUGCAUGAUACGAAGUCAUCAAAUUGAGUUCUGGAAAAAAGUGUAAGCUUUGUUGAUGUUACACGAAUCACGCACUGCGCGUUUUGGAUAGGGAUUAUUUUAGGGCUCAAGUGUCGGGCCGUUGCUACAUGACUGUACAUCAGUCUGCGUGCACACCUCACAGUUCACAAAGUGCAGACCCUGCCGGAGCACGCCACCUUUAUCGAAAUAAAAGAAAACGCGCUUUGACAGUGUUCCUGACCCGCACUGGAGCACCGGCUAGUCAGCGGUCAAGUGCUGUGUGAGCACACAGUUACCAUUAUUCGUUACACACUGGAAGCUUAGGCGCUCUGGGCUGCGUUGUGUUCUAACUGAAGGAACACAGUUACCCCUGCAUAAUACAAACCAAACGUCAAUACAGACAUGUUUCAAAACAUUUUCGGGUAUAAGAAAGGUGUACCUAACUUUGUCAUAAAUAGCGGCAAAUUUCAAGCUCGUCAUACAUAGAUAAGCAAACGUCAGGAUAGAAAAAUGUGGAGGCUCGCAUACGCUCCGUAUUCAGGCUUACAAUUUUGCUGUCCCAGAUGCUGAUAUAAUGCUAUGCCCACCACAAGGACGUUACCAAGCAUCAUCUCAGGACUGGAGAGAGCAAAAUUAAAUCUGAGAUGGCAGCCUGAUCUGAAAAUGACAUCAUAAAUCGCAAAAUAUAAAAAGAUGUCUUCUACGGAAAAAUACAAGUGUUGCUUAGCAAGGAUGAGACAGCGAUGUAGAAGAAAAUGAGUUUUCCUAUUCGUGCCGUACGAUCUACGCCUCUCGCACUGGACCGUCUGCAUCUCCAGAACUUCAAAUAAGACAAAGCCGUUGCGUCGAAAUUUGUGGGGUUUAUUUGCAAGCAGUGUAUACAUUACCACACUUUGCCACGCAAGUCGCGGCCUGCGAUACCGGCUGCGCCUCCGAGGGCAUUUACGAAUAGGAAGAUUCGCAUUGCAUUGCUAUGUUAACACUGUUCGCAUCGGCCACUUGGGCACAGGGUUGGCUUGGCCGCAGUUAACGACCGCCUAGCAAAAAAGACGUUAAAACGCAGACGGGGCAGAUGCAGCAAUGCUCAUAUAUAUACACAUUUCGUACCUACUUGAACUGUUGGAGUAGGUUUGCGAUGAAACCUGUACACACCAUCCACUCGUUCAUUUUCCGAUUCCUUCACGAUAUUGACCCGCAUGAAAAGCAGACGACCACGCGUAUCUCCAAACUCGAGUAUCGGCGGUAGAAGAUAACUGAGAUGUCACGUGCCGCAGUGCAAUGCGGUUCUUGCUGACGUCACUUCAAGUCUUGUCCCCUAAGCCUGGAAUCAGACGCUGAAAGUUUGAGAGGGCGCAGUAUCUACAACCUUGGUUAGGAAGCCAACUUUGUUGAUAGAUGCGACGGUAGACUGAGCGGUGCCGCUGCUGGCCUGGUCCCACAUGGCUUCAUGGCUCUGGCCGGAUAUGACGUGGCAAGCUGGGUCUCACGUCACGGAGCUAUUUUGAUUUGAAAUUGGACCGACCGUCCAGCCCUGAGUCAGUCCCGCUUCCAAACUCAACGAUGUAGUCAUUUUUGGGAUCGAAGGUCACGUCGUCGUCCUGCUUGCAAGUAACGUCACCGUUCGGCCCGUGUGUGACGCCAUCGUCCAAGUCGUGUGUCAUGUCAGUGCCCUGCUCGGGAGCCGGAACCAUUUCAUCUUGGUACCCGACGUUGUCGCCGAUCUCAAAAGCACCAUCGCCGUUCAGCUCCAAAAUACGGUCAUGGGAUGGCUCGCUAGCGACAGGAUCCCCUUCGCCGGUGACGUCACCACUCUCCUCGGGUAUGACGUCACGGUCGCGUGCCGCCCCCGAGGCGUGGGCCGCCGUGCC